CAACUUUCGCAAUAAAAGACUUUAAAAUUGAAUGAAAUGUCCGAUUCUCAUGAAUUUACUUCAUACAAAAUGAAUAUUGUUUGACUAAAAACGAAGCAUGUCCCAUUCAUGACCAUAUUCCCCUACUUGAAUAAACAAACGACAACUGUUUAUUCAACACAUGCGAAGCCUAUACUAAAUUUAUUCGCAAUCGCAAGAUAUGUAUUCCAACUAAUAAGCUUCCGCAGUCCGCACUCAUUCAUUAGUCGCGAUUGCAUCAGAUAAAACGACACAUGGUUUCCGUGUAAAGUGGCAAAUUAGAAAUUCUAUCUGAAUUCAAAUAAUAAAGUAUUUGCUGUAGUCAAGCUAAUUUUUAAAGCCUUUGUUGAUAUUUAAAUGUUUUUGAUUGAGUGUAGCAGCGAUUGAGUGCAUACCGUUCGAAUAAAACAUAAUUCAUUCAAAUCAAUUUUUCUCCAGUGAAAGUGUGAAUCGAACACAGAGGCAAAAAUGCCAUCAAGUAACACGUUGCCUGACUAUAUUACAAGUCAUGUGCACGAGAUUGCAAAAAGUGAAGGAUUCACGAGCUACACGAUUGAAUCGAAGGCUGGCUCAAAUCAUGGUGACAAUUUAGUGGCGAUUAUGAAUGCAAUCACAUUGUGUGGAACGAAGACGGAGAAUUGUACAACUGAGAAAUUGCAUUUGCUAUGCAAAGAAGCCCCAGCUAAUGAAACGCGUCGUAAGCAUUUCAAUUCGGAAAUGAUAUUCAAUCGCGAGAUUUUUGUUUAUUCCAAAAUAUUGCCAGCCUUUGCGCGUUUUCAAAAAGAAAAAGGCUUGAGUGAAGCCGAUUCAUUUGUGUCAUUCCCGGAAGUGUAUGCGUUCGAAGCAAACCAAGAUGAUGGUUCUUUCCUAUUGAUCAUGGAAGAUUUGAAGGCAAAAAAUUACAAAAUGUGGCCCAAAGAAAAAAUCAUUGCACUCGAUCAUGAGCUACUUGUAAUGAAAAAUCUCGCCAAAUUCCAUGCAAUUUCAUUUGCAAUGAAAGAUCAACGACCAAAUGAAUUUGAUGAAUUCACUCGGCUACAAGACACUUUUGUCCCCAUUGUAGUCACCGGAAAAAUGCGAUCAUUCAACAAUAAAUCCAUCGAACGAGCAGCAAAUGUGCUGAAACGUCAAGAACAUAAAAAAUUGAUGCUUGAUUUUUUACACACAUUCGGCGAUACAAUCAAAGAAUUCCUGUGCGGUGCAUCGAGCCGAGAAUUUGGCGUCAUCGGGCAUGGUGAUUGUUGGAAUAACAACUUUAUGUUUAGCUAUUUUGAUGAACAAGGAAAGAGCCCAAAAGAUGUGUCUUUCUUGGACUGGCAACUCACUCACUAUUGCCCACC